AUAUGAUCUGUUAAAAAAAAUCCGAUUAAGAAUUUUUGUCGGUAGAAAAACAAAUCAACUGAAGCUAUUAACGCUUCUUGGCUAAAAGAUUGCUUUUGUUUUCAUAAAUAAUCCUUAUUGUCAAAAUGAUAGGUGGUGAUCCAGAUACAGACCCAGAUCUACGCAAGCUAAUAAAAUAUGAAGAAAAGCUUGGGAUACGCUAUAGAGACCCGAGAAGCGUUCCAGACUUAUAUCGUAAAACUACAGCCAGUUUUCGGGCAAAAAUUGAUGAUCGAUUGGAUUUAAUUACAGAUGUGUCAGCUUUACGAUUACGACCUAGUUCAAGAUGCAGUGGAUCUCGAUUCCAUUCUGACAUGGCAACGGGUUAUAUCACACAUUCAACAAGUCCUACCAGCUCUGAUACUAUAAUUCAGAGUUCAAGUAAUGGUUAUCGUAAAAGUCACGUCUGUAAUGAUGAUCCUAGAGCUGACAAUAUUCGACCCUCUGGUAGUGCUCAGAUUCGUCGUGUUUCAUAUAAUGAUAAAGAAAAUAAUUUGAUAGGCGAACCUAACAACCAAACAACACAGAAUGCGUUUGUAUCUUGCAACUGCAAAUUUGAUAUCAAUAAGGAAGUUGCAAAAAUAAUGCAACGUGAACGUCAAAGGACGCAUGAAAUCAAUGAUGACCCUAUUGCACGAGGAAGAAACAUAGACCGCAAUGGAGAACGGGUUAGUGGUACAAAUCGUGACGGAUCUGUAGGAUAUCGACCUGAUCAGGAACAUACUACUGCACAGCGACGCGAAGUAAGACGUGUUAUGAAUGGAAGUGAUGAUGAAAUUGAGAGGCGUUUGCGUAAGAGAGAAUCUACUUCAAUUAAGGAUAACGCUGAAGCUGGUGGGCGUCGUCACAGUAAAGAACGCAUAAAUAAUGGUGGAAAUAUGGGUCAUCAGUAUAGCAAUGAACAUAUUAGCAGCAUAAAUCGUGGUAGAGUCAUGGAUCGUCGACAUAGCAAAGAACGCAUUAUGAGUACAGAUCGCGAGGCAACUAAAGGACGCCAGUAUAUUAAUGAACGUAUGAGUGGUACAGAUAAUGGUAGAGUAAUGAGUCGUCGACGCAGUAAAGAACGCAUCCAUGCUGUGGAACAAGGUCGAGAUGUAGAACCUAAACGUAGCGGAGAGCGUAUCUAUAAUUCAGAUCGUGGUGGAAUUGAAAGACGUGGACGUAGUCAAGAGCGCAUUCAUAGUAUAUCUCGUGAUAGAAUUGAAAGGCGUGCUCGUAGUGGAGAACGUAGUAAUGGUAUAGAUCGUGGUGCAAUUGAAAGACAUGGUCGUAGCGGAGAGCGUGCUCAUGGUACAGAUCGCGGUGGAAUUGAAAAACAUGGGCGUAAUGAAGAUAGCUUUAAUACCGUGAAUCAGGAACGUGUAGUAGGACGUAAGCACGAUGGAGUUCGCGUUCAUAGUGCAGAACGCGGUCAAAUAACAGGACAUAAUCGUAAUCCGAUAAAAAGCCGCACUUCAGAAAGAGCUGAAUAUGAAAGUAGCUCAGAAAGGACUUAUGCUUUACCAGGUUUUUCACAUCGCAGGCCCAAUGCUAGAACAAAGAGAACUGAUUCAGUCGCCACACACAGCACUUUAAUUUCUCGUCGUUUUGCUGAAUGCAGAACUAGAAAGCAAAUGAGAAGCGAUCCCGUUUCUCUGUAUCAAUAUUACAAGAAUGAAUGGGAUUAUUUUAAAGACCAAAUACCAGAGGACAAUAAGCGCUCCUUAGAACGCUGGAAUGUACGUCGUCUUCAUCUGGACCCACAUUAGAAACAUUUUUUUUAAUUAUAAAAACAAUUUUUUCUUUUAAAACAUUUGUUCUUCAUUUUCAAAAGUUU